UUGAAACGUACUCACUGCUAAGGGGAAAAGCCCUAGCAGACUACCAAGGUAGAUACAAACCGGAACUGAACUGAGCAGGGAUGAGUACUUAUGGGACUACCGGACCAGAGCUAUCAAUAAUUGCAGUCUGCACUAUCUGAGAUUGUCCCUCUAGUUUUCUCUUGUCAUCACUUUUGUGUACUGCAAACUGGCUAAGGUCUAAAACGACACUAAAUAGUGGAGUACCAAAAUUAUAACCCUCAGUACGUUCAGAAUUAGCACCCCCUAGGGUUCAAUACUUUCAGGGGGUGACUCGUGACUUUUGGGGAGCAAAAACAUUAUAAAAAGUUGUUGCGACUGGGCUCUUCCAGUUUAAAUCUAUAUAUUGCUGCCACAUGGGUGAGCUCUUCAUGUCUAGACUGUUGUCAAUGGUUGGGAGAAAAGCGAGUUAAGUACCAUACUUCAUGAUGCACUGCUACAUUGUAUGUAAUGGUCUGCUGUAACAAUAUGUCAGUGCGAUGGUCAAGUUUUCAAUUAAAAUUUGAAGAAACAUUCUUUUUAUUACACUCCUGAUGAAAAUGACAUUAAUUUUAAUCAAAGUUUCCUAUAUUACGUUCCUGAAAAUUUAACGGGUUUUGUUUUAACAUAGCUCAAACUGAACUGAGGAAGCAUGAUUAUUUGCUAUGGAUAAAGGGAAGGGGCUUAAGAGGGUGGCUGCCAUUUCAGAAAAACAACGGUUGUCAAUACACAUAUACCACUGACAGUUGGCCAAGUGUCAACCAACAUACCGACCAAGUGCUGACCGAUAGUGUUGACCAAUGGUCUACCAACUUGAAUAACAUGUCGACCGACACUUGGCUGACUCUCUGUUGACAUAUCAACCAAGUAUCAGCUAAUAUAUCGACUGGCACUCGGUCGCCAUAUUGACCGAUAGUAUCAACUGAUACUUUGGACUACAGAUACCUCAAGCAGAAAUACACAUGAUCCCAAUUAUGUUUCUCAAGGUGAAGAAGGGUUCAGUUCAGCCCCAAUGUUUUCUGGAACUGGCUUGUUUCUUGAUACCAUGACCAUAGCAUCAACCAAUAAAGUCAGUGGUAAUAAUGACCCAUCAAAAUCUAUGUCUUGGAAAGUGCUGAAAACUGUUUGAGCCACCUUAAGUCUCAUUGUAACUAAGUAACAGACGAAACAAAGUAACCAGUUGUCUCAUGCAAUAUUUUUAUUAUUUCUUGUUCUUAACUUGCAUAAUUUCUACGGAGUGAGGUUUAAAGAUUGAUGAACCUAAUGGGUUAGCUAUAUAUUGUUCAUGAUCUCCAAGUCCAGAGUCAUUUCAAACGUGAUCACAGUUUUAAUAAGUAGAGAGUCCUGUAAUUAAUAAGUAAUUAUUAAUUACAGGACUCUACUCUAGAUCUGUAGGUGAAUUAUUUGAUCAUAUUCUGUAUGCUCUAACAUUCCUUUCAGGACUUUCCAAUACCAAACAAGGAAUCAGAAUAAAACCAAACAAAGCAGGUCUGAUGAUGCAUGUAUCAGCCCACAAAUGUCAUUAGAAAGUUCCAAACAGGAUCAGUGCCAUCAAUCAAAGGAAAAGUCCUCCAAACAAUUGAACCUGAUGGCCUCUCCAACAGACAAGUCUUUCAAAGUCAUAACAGCCACUAUCCAGAGUAUACUAAAGUGGAAACAGUACAGGGACAAGGUGGCUUUACUUUAUGAAAUUUUUGGUAUAUUGGACUCGCAAGUAUCCUUAAAUGUUGCUGGUAAUGGAAAGACUUUUGCCAUCAAAGACAAAACAGGUCAUCUGAGGUGCACUUUUUGGGAAAUGGAUCGCCAGCUCCCGAGGUUAACAAGAGGGGAAAUGCACAGGUGUAUGGGAUCUCUGGACAGAAAGAAUGGAAAUUUCAAUUGUGUAUCAGUCAGACCAGUGAGGCAGACAGAACUACAGGCAGUGAUGGUAUUCUUGCAAGCCUCUCAGCUGGCUAUGCAACAACAGCUAGCUGCCCUCAAGGAAGACUAAGCAGCAACUACACCAAUAAUUCAAAUGUUAUUUAUUUUUAUUGAUGACUUUCAAUGUAGAAUUUGAGAGCUUCUUAACUGACAAACAUGAAACUUGCAAAAUAUUUCAACACAGAAAUGCGAUUUUAUAAAUGACAACAUUCUAAACGUCUUACGCUGAAGCAAGAACAUAAAUUUCAACUUCACAUGCACUCAGUAACUUACCCGCAAGGUAUAUGGGCAAGGGUGUAAAGCACAAAUAAUUCCCUCAUUCAGGUUUACUUAUCUCUCGUGCUACUUAACCAACCAUAAAAUAUACCCGUUUGAAUUCCUUAGAUACGCAUAACUCUUCACUUUCCCACAGGCAUAUUUUCGCUAUUCCUUUCCGAGUAAAUUUCCACUGGAUUUGCAUAUUGCAAAUAUCAACUGCAACUCUUCCAUUGUCAUCAAUAUUCCCUCGCUUUUCGUUAUCAAAAUAAUCGCCCUUCCUCCCGUAAGGACGAUAGUUCAAUCCCGUUUACGCGAUCAGACCCGGCGUUUGCAUAAAUGCAGGGGCGAAGCCAGGGGGUCACCUAGGGGCCCCCUCCUCCCCAUUUUUAGUGCAGAGUGCACUAUUGGGAUGGUUAAGGGAGCUGCUUGCCGCUAAGGAACU